AAGAAUAUAUUUGUCAUUCUCCAUUGUCAAACAAUCAACAUGUUCUUUCUUCUUCUUCUUCUUUCUACUACCUUACACGCACUCCACUCUUCCUNUUUUUUUUUUUUUUUUUUUUUCAUUCCUCUCUUCCGAUUUCAGAUUUCAAACAAAAUCUCGAAUCCGGUUCCUUUAUUUUGUUUUCUGCAAUCUCUGUGAAAAUUUCCAAUUUCGAUUCGUUUGCUCGAUUUAUUUCACCUGAGAUUAUCUCGAUUUCGUGGUUUUGACUUUUGUUUUUAGGGACGGACGGAUCAAUGGGGGUCGAUUACUACAAUGUACUGAAGGUGAAUCGAAACGCUAACGAAGAUGAUCUCAAAAAGUCUUACCGGAGAAUGGCGAUGAAAUGGCACCCUGACAAAAACCCUACCAGCAAGAAAGAAGCCGAAGCUAAGUUCAAGCAGAUCUCCGAAGCCUAUGACGUCCUCAGCGAUCCUCAGAGACGUCAGAUCUACGAUCAGUACGGGGAAGAAGGUCUUAAAUCUACAGAUUUACCUACCGCGGCGGAGACGGCGGCGCAGCAUCACCAGCAGCAGCGGAGCUACUCUUCUAGUAACUCCGAGUUCCGGUAUUAUCCUCGUGAUGCUGAGGAUAUCUUCGCGGAGUUUUUCGGCGAAUCUGGAGAUGCUUUCGGCGGUGGGAGUAGCGGAAGGACACGUGGAGAUGGCGGCGGCGAUGGUGUUGGCCGGAGAUUUAAAAGUGCAGAAGCAGGGAGUCAGGCUAAUAGAAAAACGCCGCCGACGAACAAAAAGACGCCUCCGCCUCCGCCGCCGGCGAAUAGGAAGGCACCGGCUAUUGAGAGUAAAUUGGCGUGCACUCUUGAGGAGCUCUACAAAGGUGCCAAGAAGAAGAUGCGUAUCUCUCGCGUUGUUCCUGAUGAUUUCGGGAAGCCAAAGACAGUCCAAGAGAUUUUGAAGAUAGACAUAAAACCAGGUUGGAAGAGAGGGACUAAGAUCACUUUCCCGGAGAAAGGAAACCAAGAACCUGGUGUCACUCCUGCGGAUCUAAUAUUCGUGGUGGAUGAGAAACCGCAUUCGGUAUUCAAAAGAGACGGUAAUGAUCUGAUUCUGGAGAAGCAAGUCUCUCUUAUAGAUGCUUUAACAGGUCUCACGAUUAGCGUAACGACUCUGGACGGGAGGAACUUAACGAUCCCGGUUCUCGAUAUUGUAAAACCGGGGCAGGAGAUUGUGAUUCCAAAUGAAGGAAUGCCUACUAAAGACCCUUUGAAAAGAGGAGACCUCAGAGUCAGCUUUGAGAUCUUGUUCCCGUCAAUGCUAACGUCAGAACAGAAGAAUGACCUCAGGAGAGUUCUUGGUGGAAGCUGAUGAGUUGACAUUUUUAGUUUUCGAGUAAAGUACUUGAAUCUUCUUUUAACUACAGAAAAGCUGUAGUCAUUUCAGUGUACAUACAUUUGAGUUCUUUUUUUUUUUUUUUUUUUGGUUUUUGUAAACUUUAUGUGUUUAUGAAAUAAAACAAAAACCGGAAUCGGAUGAGGCUAGAACGGAUUGUUUUUGAAGUAGAACUUGGCCUA